AUGCGUUGGCUAUCGUCUGCCGCAGCUGUGCAGCUGUUGUACUUGCUUGAUAUUGCCACCGCAGUACCAGACUAUGGAUUGGGCGCGGACAAAAGGUUAGAGCCACGUCGAGAGGCAAUGCUGCUUUUUAAGCGUCAGGAUACUCCAUUUUGUCGAGAAGGAUACUUCCGAUGUCGGCCUGAAUAUGGAGGUGGCUGUUGUCCGAAUGGUAGAAUAUGCGCGACUCGAGAUUGUCCUGCACUUAGGCCUGGGGAAGAAGAUAUCCCGGGUGCCUUCACAGAUACUAGGCCGCCGCAAUCAUUUACCAAUCCGCCCCCAAGUCAAGCUACUGUUGCACCGGCAACAGCGUCCUCAGGGCCAUCUGAAACAACGGGCGGAACAUCAACAGAAGCUCCAGAGACGACAACAGCAGCCCAGGAGACUACAACAGACGCUCCGGAGACAACCACAGCGGCUCGUACGACUUCUCAAGCAACAACGAAUACUGAUACCGAUACCGAAGCUCCAACUACCACCGGGCCUUCAACUGCUGAAGCUUCCUCUACCGGGACUAAUACAGCGUCACAGUCUGGAACAGCCACAAACGCUGCUGAUGCUGCCGAAACAACAACUUCAUCGCCCGUAGCCGACGGGACGUUGUAUACUCCAAUGGGUAUAUCCAGCGGGGCCAUCGUCGGUAUAGUCUUUGCUGGUAUUACUGGUGCCGUUAUUGUUGGUCUUGUCCUUUGGAGAGCAAUCAUUGGCAUCCGUCAUCCAAGAAAGAAGGGCAGGAAGCCUGUACCAGGUGCACCCGGUGCAGCUGGGGCUGGAGGAGCAAGUGGAGGAAUCUUUGGUGGUAACAGAAGAAUCUUCGGAGCGAUCAAGAACCCAUUUGGAGGAAAGAAGAACGGUCCUGGGGCUUCUGAAUCAAUGAUUCCUCGUAGUGCAGACGAUGAAGAUAACACUCCGAUGUCCCAGUCAGCUGCAGCAAUGGGUUUUGGACCCCAACCAACUGGUAACGAGGGAGCACCUCCAUACGUCCAGGAUAGGAGCAGCCUUGAGGAGCAAGAUACUUCGUACAACCGUGCAGCUUACGGCGGUGGGGACUUGGGAUACCGAGGGGUGAGCAGUUAUGACAGACAAGAUGAUGACACGCAAGGACUGUUCCCUCGAGCUGGUGGAUUCCCAAAUAGGUAG